AUGGCUGCCCGUGUGAUCGCGGCGGUGCUGAUUGCGGUGGCCGCCGGCCAAGAAGCGCUGAGCCUCGACGACGAGUGCGCCGGCGAGGAGCAAUGUGCGCUGAACGCACUGCAGCGGCGAGGUGAGGCCGUGUCGGCACUGGAGAAGACAGCAGAAGCUGCCGGCGCUCCGAAGUGCGAGAGCCUCCAACACCCCUCCAACAACAUUUGCCGUUCGACGGUCGAAUGGGCGCACAGGGGCGGAAAGUACGACCGACAUGGGCCGCAGUGGUUUGCUGACAUGCAGUCCAUUUCCGGUGUGGAUUACAAGACAGCCAGCCUCGGCGACUGGCAAAAGCUCUACUUCUGCGCACCUCCCGGAGGCAAGCAGUGUGGGUCGCCGCCGUGCACCUGCACGAACCCUCCAUGUGAUGUCUGCUUCCAGGGGAAGAGCAAAGCCAAAUGCAGCGAUCCCGACAGCAUCGCGUGCAAACCACCAGCCACGGCGCUGGACUACAACGGGAUGGCUUGGGAGGACAUGAAUUAUCACACACAGCUGCUCUGCAACCACAAGCAGUUUGUCGAGUGCUACAAGACGAUGGGGCGAGUGUGCGAUCCCGGAUGUGGUUUCGUGAAGGGCAUCGAUGAUCAGCCACAGCUCCUGGUGGCCAGCUCCUUCAAGAGUCGCGCGGCUAAAGUGGAUCCCGUCUUCAUCCUCAACGUAGGUGACAACUUCUACUGGGGCGGUAUCGAAAAGACCUGUGGCACGCCAAUGGACGAGCUGUCUUACGUGACCCACCACCAGUUCGACCAAGUCUUCGAGAACGUCUACAACGGGCCUGGCUUGGAUGGCAAGCCGUGGCUGAGUGUCUUGGGGAACCACGACUGGGGAGGCCGCGUCUUCAACAAUGGCUGGGAUCAGCAGAUUGCUUACACCUGGCACAGCGACCGCUGGAGACUGCCGGCGGCAUACUGGAGCCAGCGCGUGAACUUCGUGGAUGCCGGGUUCACUAUGGACAUCUACAUGGUUGACUCGAAUUCCCAGGACGCCGAGGAUCCACCUCUGGACCCCGAGCACAACAUCUGCGGAUCCGCGCACAACCCGCCUGGAGCAAACUGCGCAUCGCAAGGCGCGCCGUCGGAUAGCAUGUGCUUGUGCUUCGCCACGUUUGCCGAGUGGCUGACAGAGCAGCUGAGCAAGUCCACGGCGGACUGGCAGCUAGCCGUCACACAUUUCCCGUGCGGCUUCGAGAAGAACUAUUGGGCGGGACUGCACCAGCAGCACGGACUGGACUUGCUCGUGACCGGACACCGACACGACCAGGAACUUUGGAGUCCAAAUAGGCUGGGGGGACUCACCUGCUUCGUGACCGGCGGCGGUGGAGGAAUCUCUUCUGAAGCCACCCCGAACAUCCACAACAAGAGGGACUGGUACGGUGAGGCCCAGUACGGCUUCUACGAUCUCUUGAUCUCCAAGACCUCCAUUCUCAUCACCUCAAUCAACUGGAAUGGCUACGAGAUCAUGACUCGCACGGUGUACCCCAAGGCAUGA